CACACGACGAUCUUUAUCACUCGGACUGCCCCCAUUAUCCCCAAGGAGCCUACAACCACAGCAGCAACAACAACCUCUUGAUCGACAGGAAUACACCCAUUGCCUUUUGCACUCAAUAACGGCCUAUAUAGAAGAGAUUAGGAACCAUUCACUCGAUAUCAUAUCCACAUCGACCGCAUCAUCGCGGCCAAAGACGACGUUGCCCAGUUCAAAUGCAGCUGCCGCUAUGGGCAGUGAUGAUGGCAGUAAUAUGUACUCCAACCCUUGUGCUGAGGGCGAUUUCAUUGUUCGAGCAUUACACGAAUACCAUUCAGACAGCGUGGGACAUUUGUCCUUUUCACAAUUUCAAUAUAUCAAAGUUAAGCAGUGCGAGCAGUCCGGAUGGUGGUUUGGCGAGAGCGAGAACAAUCGAGGGUGGUUUCCUAGCAAUCGCGUUGAAAGGGUUGAUCCUGUAUACGAGACCGAGUAUCUUUCCCGCCCGACUUCAAUCACAUCAGAAGAUUAUGACCAAAUCAGGACAGGACUGGAUGGCGUGGAAACGCAGUUUUUGGGCGAGCCCAUGGUAGAAUCAGUACCGGACAGUAUGCAGAUGGAUUGGGGCGUGAUGAGCUCGCCAUCAAUUGGAUGGACCCGACCUGGCCAGCUCGCUUUUCCAUCGAGCCAGCUUGCUGUGCCAUUUUCAUACUAUGGAUUAGACGCUUCUGCAAUGGAGAUGGAUGGCGACUUUUUUUAUCAGCAAGCGAUAUCUUCUGCAGCAGCCAUCAACAGUGAUGCUACUUAUGCAUACUCAGACUUUGUGGGCGAAGUCGCACUGUACGUCAGAGAGCUCAAAGAAGCAGCCCAAAGAGGAGAUAUUGAUCGAUAUCAACCUAUUGUAGCCAAUAUUAUUUCGUGUGUAAAGGCGCUUUUGAUCUUCACUAACACCAUCGCACGUGAGAGUGAGAUUCUGCAGACAUAUCCAGAGUUAGCAGGCUCAAGGAGGGAUAUUCUUCGUGCACUCGGGAAGUUAUAUUCAAAAUGCAGAGUUGCAAAUGGGUCUCAGGCACGAACAACAUCGAGGCAGCGCCAAUUUGCUGUUGAGAAGCUCUCAAUUUUUGGUGGUCAGGUCCUGGAUGGUAUUACAGAUUUUGCUACUCAUGCAAGAAGGAUUGGACUGCGAAUCAGGUCGGGAGCUACAUUUUCAGCUAGAGGAAGUGAAUUUGACAUGUUUCUCAAGUCUCCCAAAGAUUUCGACAACAUGUCUUCUUCAUCCUCCACAUACACACGAUCGCGUCGGCGUGUUUCUCGUGUUAAUUCUGCAAAAGGAUACAAAUCGUUCAAUGCUGUCCGACAAUUGAAAAUGGAGCACCAGCAGAAAUAUAAUACGGCCAAGAGGGCUAUUGAACACUCCCUUAUGAAUUAUAUGGAGUGUUUGAAUAGUGGCGGAAACGAGAUGCCACUGGACCAUAUUAUGGUUACCACCAUUCAGUCAGCACAAGCUGUAGAGAUGUUCCUGAUAAGCGCCGAGGAGAUGAAAGCAAGGACAAACACGAAGGAGGAUGGCGACUAUGCUGAACACAAAAUGCAUCUUUCAUCUGCAUUGAAUGAGUUGCUUAUAUAUAUCCAAACAGUGGAAAGCGCACCUGUGGGGAGUCAUAAAUCCGAGACCGUACUGACCAGGUUUAUGAACAUCACAUCGGAGCUAUUUAAGUGUCUACUCGAUAUGGAAGGCUAUCCCAGAACCAAUAGUACCACUAGUCAGGAUUUAUCAUCCCUUGUAAAACGAGUUUCAACUCCGAAAAACUCAUCUGCAGAGCUAAAAGUCGGCUCCAUACCGGAGUCAACUGGGGAUGAAGCAAUGCAGGACUCUCAGUUGGACUUUAGCUAUUCCGCAAAUACUGUACCAUCACCGUCAUUGUCGCCACGACAGCGAGGUUCGGCAUCUCCGAAGGCAACUCUCAAUCGAAAAUUUGGGUCCGCCACUUCUCUUAAUGAGCGUUAUAAACGACAGUCAGAAGGAAAAGGCUCUCCACGCCCAUCAUUUUAUGAUGAAGACGAUGAUGUAGAAGUUGGUGCUAACCGCUCGAACCAUGACUCUGCUGUUGUUAUGACGAAUCUUAAGAGCGCUUCACAUGACGGCUUGACCAAUGCUUCAAAGAUACCGCCAGUACACAGUUUAGAGUCUGGAGAAGAGCGCGAUGAUGUUAGAUAUAAGGCAUUUUCAGCUACAAGCAGACUACCAUCACAGCCGUAUCCACAGGAGGGAAACAAAAGGACUGAGCAAGAGAUCGAAACCGCGAUGAAGAGUGCUGCCAGGGUAGCCACAGAGAUUUUUAUCCCUGCGCAAGAAGUAUCGACGAUGAGAGAAGAGUCACUUAUACCAUCAUCUCACACUACAUAUGAGACAUUUGAUUCCGAUGCAAGAACUUCGUCGGCCUCAACCCUUCGGGCUCGCAAUUUCGAUGACAAGGUUUCUAGAGGCCUCAAAGCCAGCAACCCUGCAAUAUCUAGAACCUCAGAGGACCGCAGACGUGAAAGAUCCAGUCAAGGCAGUAACGCCCGGCGGUCUAUAGAGACUGAGAGGGCAUUGGCACAGAGCCGGGAUGUUAUAGGCCUUGGUGUCAGCGUACCUACAGAUCUUCACUCCAAAGCAUCUUCUUCAUCUCUUACCUCUGAUCAUGAGUCGAGGAUCUCACGUACCCGAAGUCCAGUACCAUCGGUUUCACCUAGACUGGAGCCAUCGAGGCGGCCAAUGCGGCCAGAUUAUUCACCUAACCCAAGUAGUAGCCCAAGCAUCCGCUCUGAGUCAAGAGCAUCUGCAAGGGGCGAUAACGCUUUUAACAUUGCUUCUAACUCAGCUACAAUAUCUCGAUCGAGAAGAGGCUCACUGGCCUCAAUUCGCUCCGAAGAAUCAGAGGGCAGGCCACUAGACGAUGGUCGGUUGAAUAAGGAGAGUGACCUUAAAACAGGAGCAGACACAAACCGUAGUUCGAGUAGCACAGUAUCUGCUACCCUCCAGUCAGAGGUCGCUACUACCCAGAUGAAAGAUGAGGAGUUACUUUCAAGACUUUCGACUCCAACGACACCUCACAUUCAAACUUUUGGUACCGAUGGAUCAAUUCCUUAUCGACCCGGUAAAAGUCAUCACCGAGAGAGUGUGAUGUCUAAUGCAAGCGUCGUCACAGAGAGUAACAUGCAGUCCCCUAGAGCUGGCGCUAUGAAAUUACGCCCAUCUUCUCCUGCAAUGCGUGGUCGAGUCAGUCAUGAAUCUUUCAUGAGAGGGCGCGCGUCAAUUGAGAGCACCAUGUCGAUGGAUAGGCACAAUCAACUAUCUUCCUCCACUAGAAUUGGGACUCAGCCAUUAACUUAUCGUCAGCAACGACAAAACAAGGUUGGUCAAGCUAAAAUUAGGGUCAGCGAGGAGUAUAAGCAGAAUGGAACGGUAUCAACAUCGGCGCCUUCUAGUGCACCUUGGUACCUUGAUAACGACUAUGAAGCAGAUGAGGUCUUAUAUAAUGAUAAUGGCACGUUGGUGGCAGCCACAUUUGAGGCGUAUAUUGAGAUGCUUACAUCUCACAAAACAGCUCCAGAGCCAGCAUUUGUCAACACAUUCUUCUUGACAUUCAGACUAUUUACAACUCCAGUGGAUUUGGUACAAGCUUUGGUCAAACGGUUUGUCAAGGCCCCUCCACGGGAACUUACGCCUCAUGAGGUUUUAGCCUGGCAACAUCAGAAACAAGAGCGUGUUCAAAAAAGGGUACAUAUCGCAAUCAAGACUUGGCUUGAGGGAUAUUGGGUAUCUGAGAAGGAUCGUGAUGCAUUUAAUCCAAUUAUGGAGUUUGUAAAGCAUGAAAUGAUGGAAGCUGUGCCUGGGCCUGCUGGCCGACUUUUGGAUGUGUUGAAUCAAUGGGUUACGAGGCGAAAAUCGCUUCAUCUCAGUGGUUCUAAUAAGAUGCUUAGUAAGUCGCGUUCCCACGAAAGGAUCGAUCAAGUGGCCCAAGAUAUCGACGCUAGUGAUAUAAACAACCCUCCCAACGGUAGCGGCGAGGGUUAUUCUGGCAGCGGUAACAACAGUACCAGUGAUACCAGCAGCCCCACAGUUGCUACUUCUACUUCAAAGCCAUUUGCUACCCUUAAAGAGAAAUCAUCAAUGGAGCAAUUCAAGCGAGCAAGCAGGAGAGGACUUGCAGGCACAUUCAACCGAGAGAGUCUUCAUAUUCGAGGUCCACCCGUGCCUUUAGUUAGUAAAGCCUUACUGAAUGCAUUGGCGAAUGACCAGCUGAUGAGUAAAAUCCCUGUUACGGAUAUCAAGCCUGUAGAGUUGGCACGCCAGUUGACGAUCAUGGCCAACAGGCUGUUCACAGCCAUCCCAUAUCUGGAAUUAUUUGAAAAGGAAAGGCCUAAUUGCUCUCGGAUGGUCCAAGCAUCAACCAAGAUCACGAAUUGGAUCACAGAUACAAUUGUGGAUGAGCAGGAUGUCAAGAAGCGCGUCGGUGUUGUAAAGCACUGGAUUGAAGUCGGAGAAGAAUGCUUGAAGCUCAAUAAUUUUGAUACUUUAACAGCCAUUAGCUUCGCAAUCGAGUCGACGCCAGUUCGGCGUCUUCAGAACACUUGGGAGGGUAUCAGCAAGUCAUACAUUGAGCGGUCCAUCCAACUCAAAAAGAUGAUAUCGAAUGAAUACAACUAUAGUGUGUAUCGAGCAAAACUCAAGACCGUGCAGGCUCCUUGCAUCCCAUUCUUGGGACUAUAUUUUACUGUCAUCGCAUAUAUCGAGGAUGGCAACUCUAUGUAUAAAGAGGUCAAUCCAAAUAUAAAUCCAAUUGAGUCUGCGCCCAAUUCUUCAUCAACCUCAACAUCAGAAACAGCAGCCUCAAUACCAACAUACGACGCAUCUUCUACAAUGGAAACUCAGAACGCUAUUCCUCCUACUGCUCCUAUGCCUACCAAUCCUAGGAAAUUACUUCGCUAUGGGCGAUUUGCACAGCUUGCGAGAACUGUACAGGAGUUCCGAGAUUUCCAGGGCAUGUACGAACUGCUGGAGGUACCACGAUUACACAGCUAUAUCAUGAAGUGUAUGGAAAACCUGGAUUCGGAGAGAAGCUGGCGAAAAAGCCUUGCAAUUGAACCACGUCGGCCUGCGCCUGGUGUAGCAGCUGGGGGACCCAAUGGAGUUGGUAGCUACGGAAUUGCUAUAGGAGGCUUAUCUAGUGGAGGUCCUAUUAAUAGACCCGGUGGCGUUGGAGGCAAAGGGUUGUUCAAUGGAGGUUUGGAUGUCAAUAAUGGUAGUAGCAGUAUGCCAGCAAAGUUGAAUAAGUUCUUCCGGAAGAGCACGAGACACGAACGUUCAUAAUCAUUUUCAUUUUCAUUUUCAUUUCCUUUAAUUGUCUGCUAUCAUUUACUUUUUUUUCCUUUUUUCUUUUCCUAUUUGCCAUUUUAUUUUAGAAUUAUAUUAUUGUACUAUACUAUAGUUUAAAGUCGGCAAGUGUAGAGAGCGGUUUGAACUGCAUUAAUAACAUAAAACGAACCGACAUGAGUUAUUUAUAUUUUGUUUGCAUAUUUACAGUUGCU